AUCUGGGGAAUUAACCUGUCCCGCCCAUCCCUAGCCUCAAGCCGCGCAGGCUCCGCGCCUCCGCCCUUGUUCCCUCCCAGCUCCUCCGAGUGGAAGCCGCUACAAAUGGCUUGAAUGAAACGUGUGUGGGUUUAGUGAGUGGUGAACCACCAGGGGAUCCCGUCUCCCCACAAACCAGUAUCUCUCCGAGGAGGAGGCGAAGGACGGGGAGGAGGCCAGGAGCCGAGCGUCGGGCUUCGGGGGCGCGCGCAGCGGCUGGAGCGCGGGGAGAGGCUGGGCCACCUCCCCUUCCCAGCCGCGCACCGCCUGGCCCGCGGCGGUUCCAGGCACCACCCUCCCCGCCCGGGCAGCGCCCGCUGUGGCAGUGACGAGCUCCCGCGGCCGGCGACACCGUCCACCGACGAGCGGCGCCCACUUCUCCCCACGAUUCCCUUCUCUGCGGCGGCACGCCGUCCAGCAGCCCGCGUCGCCCCGUCGUCAACUUAGAGCUGGAGGAGAAGCCACUUUGGCAGUGGCGGCGGGGCUGGAAUCCCGCUUCUCCUCGGUAGCAGUAGCCUCGCAAGUCGCUGGGGUUGGGUGGGGCGAGAGUUUCGCCAGUGCAUCAGCGCUGCUUCUGACGGUUUGCAACCUGUUUCCAGCGAGCUAGGAGCGGAGUUGUGACUGCCAGUCGUCUGGAGGAGGGGGACUUGUUUUUCUUUUCCUCUAGAGACCUCGGCUUGCAACUGGAUAAAGCAGUGUCGAAAGGAUGUAACUAGGCAGAGCAACUGUUACCAAGAAGGCCACCACCCCACCCAAAGCAGUGCAGAGCCUGGGGCUUCGUCCGGGCUCCCCGAGUCGCAACAUUAAUCAACAUUCAGGUGUAGAUUGCAACUUUCCAAGGUCAGCCGCCGGGAGUAGCCCAUUCCCUCUACAAACCUUGAAGCGCACACCUCGGUGGGACUGAACUUGGCUGAGAAAUGCACAAGAUGCCAAACGAGGAAGGAUUGUAGGGGGCGUGUGUGUGACCCCCCAAGACCCAUCCUCCGCUAUCCCCGUAAUCUCCGGUCCCCUCUACCAGGCGGGGGUGAGUAAGUGACAUGUGCCUAACUCUCAGCAGCAACUUCGGCAGCAGGUGUCGAUCCUAAGCAGGAGCCGCGGCUGCCGGGUGUGCCCUCGCCAAGCCAUGCGAGCCCCGGGCGCGCUUAUGGCCCGCAUGUCGCGGCUGCUGCUUCUGCUACUGCUAGAGCUGUCUGCCUCUUCUGCCCUCGGGUUCGCCCCCGCGACCAGGAACGAAACUUGUCUGGGGGAGAGCUGUUCACCUACAGUGAUCCAGCGCCGCGGCAGGGACGUCUGGGGACCGGGAAAUUCUGCAGGAGACGUUCUGCGAGCCCGUGCACCCAGGGAGGAGCAGGAGGCGGCAGUGCUUGCGGCGCCCUCCUGGGACCUGCCGGCGGCCCCGGGCCAUGGCCCUGUUGCAGGCAGAGGGGCGGAGGCGUCUUCAGCCGGAGCCCCGGCACCUCCGACCAGACAGCCUGGCCCCUGGCGGUGGAAAGGUGCUCGGGGUCAGGAGCCUCCUGAAACUUUGGGGAGAGGGAACCCCACGGCCCUCCAGCUCCUCCUUCAGAUCUCAGAGGAGGAAGAGAAAGGUACCAGAGGCUCUGGCAUUUCCGGGCGCAGCCAGGAGCAGAGUGUGAAGACAGUGCCCGGAGCCAGCGAUCUUUUUUACUGGCCACGAAGAGCCAGGAAACUCCAGGGUUCCCACCACAAGACCUCACCCAAGACGGCCAAUGGACCAGCAGGGCACGAAGGGCGGACAAUUGCACUCCCGGGCCGGGCGCUGGCCCAGAAUGGAUCCUUGGGUGAAGGAAUCUAUGAGCCUGGGGGUCCCCGCCAUGGAAACAGCACGAACCGGCGCGUGAGACUGAAGAACCCUUUCUACCCGCUGACCCAGGAAUCCUACGGAGCCUACGCGGUCAUGUGUCUGUCCGUAGUGAUCUUCGGGACCGGCAUCAUUGGCAACCUGGCGGUGAUGUGCAUUGUAUGUCACAACUACUACAUGCGGAGCAUCUCCAACUCCCUCUUGGCCAACCUGGCCUUCUGGGACUUUCUCAUCAUCUUCUUCUGCCUUCCGCUGGUCAUCUUCCACGAGCUGACCAAGAAGUGGCUGCUGGAGGACUUCUCCUGCAAGAUCGUGCCCUAUAUAGAGGUCGCUUCCCUGGGAGUCACUACCUUCACCUUAUGUGCUCUGUGCAUAGACCGCUUCCGAGCUGCCACCAACGUGCAGAUGUACUAUGAAAUGAUCGAAAACUGUUCUUCAACAACUGCCAAACUUGCUGUUAUAUGGGUGGGAGCUCUACUGUUAGCACUUCCAGAAGUUGUUCUCCGCCAGCUGAGCAAGGAGGAUUUGGGGUUUAGCGACCGAGCUCCGGCAGAAAGGUGCAUUAUUAAGAUCUCUCCUGACUUACCGGACACCAUCUACGUUCUAGCCCUCACCUACGACGGUGCGAGACUCUGGUGGUAUUUUGGCUGUUACUUUUGUUUGCCCACGCUUUUCACCAUCACCUGCUCUCUGGUGACUGCAAGGAAAAUCCGCAAAGCAGAGAAAGCCUGUACCCGAGGGAAUAAGCGGCAGAUUCAGCUAGAGAGCCAGAUGAACUGUACUGUAGUGGCACUGACCAUUUUAUAUGGAUUUUGCAUUAUUCCUGAAAAUAUCUGCAACAUUGUUACUGCCUACAUGGCUGCAGGGGUUUCGCAGCAGACAAUGGACCUCCUUAAUAUCAUCAGCCAGUUCCUUUUGUUCUUUAAGUCCUGCGUCACCCCAGUCCUCCUUUUCUGUCUCUGCAAACCCUUCAGUCGGGCCUUCAUGGAGUGCUGCUGCUGUUGCUGUGAGGAAUGCAUUCAGAAGUCUUCCACAGUGACCAGUGAUGACAAUGACAACGAGUACACCACGGAACUCGAACUCUCGCCCUUCAGCACCAUCCGCCGAGAAAUGUCCACCUUUGCUUCUGUUGGAACUCAUUGCUGAAGGGCGGUACUUGGUUGGGUCAUUUUAUUUGUUUGAUUUUCAUAUCCUGUGAAAGUUUUUAAUUCCUAUUUUUCCUUAUAGGGAAAAAUGCAAAAAAGAAAUAAUAAAGAAAUAUUAACUGCUGUAGAACUGAUUUUACAAAUUAAUAUUUGUGCUUUGAAAAAAGUUUCUAUUUAGUUAUUUAAGAAGAAUGAGAAGGUCAAUAGUUUUAGAUGAUUUUAUCUGGUACGGUGCUAAUAUUUUAUUUGAAAAAAGUUACUGCAACUUAACUUAAAAUUCCUAACAUCUUUUCUUCUUUUAAAAACACAAUUAUUGUAUAUUGAUUAUAGCCAUGUGAUUUUGUAGGUUAUUUUAUAUUUGAGUUGUGAUUGAAAGUAUACUGUAUAUGGUAUUGUGAGAUGAUUUGUACUUGGAAGCAUUCACAAAGUAGCACCAAAUAAAUUACACUUUAUUCUUUAAUGUCAUUGUCAAUCUACUUUUAACAAAUAUUCAAUAAAUCUUCUAAUUGCCUUAAAGAUCCAA